GUUGAGGAUCUGGAAGCUUCUGCGCCAUUUCAGUUGGUCUCGGGCGCCAUAACAAGCCGGUCGACCUGGCGGCGGCUGUUGACUGUGGAGCGAUUUUAACGCUGUUUGUUGUUCGGGGGAUGUCUGUGUGAUUUUUUAAUUUUUUAAAAAACGUGUCUGACGACAUAUUUGAGAGAAAACCGAGCGAGCUUUAUUACCAGCCUCUUUUUGUGGAGAUUUCCGAGCGUAUUUUUGUUCUUUCGGCACCUUCCCUUCGUUUCCUUCUUCCGGUUAUGGCGGUUACCAACGAAGGUGGGCUCUCCCCUCAGGCACCACCACAAAGCCAGGGCCCAUCCGCCUGGUACCAGUGAGUCUGAAGCGAUUUUUCCCCUCUUAUUUUCGCGCGGGGAGGGGAGAACUAAAGGCUGUGAGGCGAAGCGGGGGUAUUUGAAGGAGACUGGAGGCAGUGCGGCUGCUAACACGAGCUUUCUUAAGGCUUCCUUGCUCCUGCGAGAGAGAGCAGCGGGUCAGUAUUGGCCUCUUCCCGAGGGGGGAGGUACAGGCUGACACGGGUUGGCGUCGGAUUGACCCAUCAGCUGUGAAGACAAAGCGGAGGAGACUCGAGUUUGCAGUCCAGAGCUACUUGAAGGGCAGGAGGUGGGGGGAGAGGAAAAACCCGUAACAAAUAAACCUUUUAUUGGUGGAAGGAAGGCUAAGGCUGAUAUGGCUCACAACAACCCUGUUAGGUUAAAAAAAUCUUUAAAAUGAAGCUUCUGUAGGGGUACGAAGAGUAUCCUCGUCGGAUUGUGCUGCCAGCCCUCUUUGCUUCCAAACUCGUUUUUGUGGUGUGGCAUUUCUUUAACUUGUUUGGAAUUGUAGCCAAACAAAACCAAGGAAGUAAUUGUAGUUGUUCGGGGUCAUUCCUUCCUGCCCUUGGCGUUCCCCCCCAUUGUUGCUUCCCUUUCCCAUAAUCCGUUUUGAGACUGUAAGAUAGGAACCUCUCGUCUCUUUGUAUGCAAGCAAUGCAGUCGUGCCCAUGAUUCAGAAGUAAGCAAAGCCCUGUUUCCUUCAGUAAGGCUCACUUCCUACUAUGUAUUGUUCACGGGUGUGGCACUUCGCGAAAGGUAAUAAAGGGCUAGGGAAAAGGCUGCCCGCUUUUAAGUAGGAUGGGGGGGGAGUGCACGCGUUGGAUUAUAGCUAAUAACUAAUUUGUACGCUACCCUAGUAAAGUAGUAAUUUAUGCUGUCAAGCAUGUUUUUGAACAAACGUGUCUUUUGUGUAAACUACCAUGAGAGUUCACAAGGGCAGUCUAGUUUUUCCAUAUCCCCCUAAAUUAGAACAAUAAGCUGUCAGAAACAGUCAAAUCCCAUGUAUGUUUCCCAAAAAUAAAUGUCCAAAGCAGUCUUGAGAAUGUUCUUGAAUGCUUCCUUUGAAAUCAGCAGGGUUUAGUGGUGGUUGACAUUGGCAGGAUUGUGCUGUUUUUUAGGCACUUGCAUACUGAGCACCAUGAGUCCUUUUUUGAAAAGCCCAGUAAAAUCUGCUUUCUGUUAAGGAGGCUUUUGGAGAAAGUAAAAUUAUACAGUGUGUGAUUAACAAUAGAGAUGACGUUUUAUCUGGGAGUAAGCACUGUUGAAGAUGGGAGUAAAAAUGCUUAGGAAAAGACUAGUAACUUGAUCCUAACACUUUGAGUAUGUCGCUCAGUAUUAUGCCCAUAUUGCAGGGGAAGGACCUGAGAAAGUAUUAAUUUUUCUGUAGAACGAACUGAAGGAUAAUAUUGUAGUUCUUCUUAAAUUCUAAUAAAAUUUAUUUUAAAAAAGAACUGACUGAAUGGUUGCAACUCUUGUUCAUAGGAAUCCACAGCAGAACCAUGGAAGUCCUGAGCAGAAUGGGAGUUUUUCAGCACCUAUUGGUAUGUUGCUUAUGGGAAUGUAUGUCUAGUGUUUGGCUGAUAAUGUUUUAUAUUUAAAAUGUUUCCACCCCAUUUAAUUAGUUGUCUGCAAUUCAAAGGUGCUUGCUGAAUUAGGUGAUCCAAGGCUCCAGACAGAACCUUUUUCCUGUAUGGUUUGCUAGUGAUAAAUAUUCCUCUAUUUAAAGCAUUAGAAUAAUUUUCAUACUUUGUGGUAGCAAUACAGUACAGUAAAUAUUUUUGCUUUGAUUAUUAAUAAACACAAAUUAACAAAUAAAACUCUUAACGAAGAGAGCAGGAUCAUAGAACAAAAGUGGUUUGAAGAAUUAAGGAAACAGGAGUGAUUAUACCCUAGUAUGAUAGAUCCAGUGUGUUGUAACUAAAAUGGCUGCUGUUAUAUAACAGCAGCCAUCUUGAUUGUUAAAUACUUCAUAUUGCAUACAGUUGAAUGCCUCCAGCUCCAUAGUGGCUCAAAAUACUAAUUUGACCGUUCUGUGAUGUGAGUGGAGCAUUAGCUUCUAGAAUUCAAGCAUUUUUGUUUGAAAGGAGGUUCUAUGGCUGUCAAAUGAAAGAUCUGAACCAUGCCACUUAAAGUCUUUGAGGCAUAAGGUUUUUAAUAAUGCUUCCGAGUUGACUUGGAAGAAACAUUAUGCAGUUAUGACAUUGUCAUAGUUCACAAUAGCAGAAGUUUUAAAUCAAAACUUCUAUCUAUCCCUCCUUCUCCUAAACAAAGGAACGGGAACUGGGCAACCGAAAGCAGAAGGCACAAGUUUGAAAAAUACCGAAAAGCAAAAAUCUAGCAAGAAGACAGAUGAGAUGACAGUCUUUAUGGAUGACUUGACUUUGAGUUCACCAAAAGAAAGGUCUCGUUCAAGGUCAAGGAGCAGCUGUAGCAGAAGAUCAUCUUCAAGAUCAUCUAGUAGGUCAUCUUACUCCACAAGAUCAAGUUCAAGCACUUCCUCUUCCUCCAGAAGCUGGAGUAGGUCAAGAAGCAGAUCAAGAUUACGUGCUAAAAGGAAUUGUUCUUGGAGGUGCAGAAGGUAUUCAAGAUCUUAUUCCAGAAGCCGGUCAAGAUCACGUAGCUACAAAUACCGAGAAAGAUACCAUCCUAGAUACCAUAGGCGAUACCGUCGCUCUCCUCCAAGAUACAGAUCACGUAGUAGGUCUCCUGGAAGACCGUGCUAUAGAAGAUCUUACUCUAGAAGCAGGUCAAGAAGCCGAAGAUACUAUGGAUUUGGAAGAACCAUAUAUCCUGAGGCUUAUAGAAGCUGGAGAAGCCGUUCUCGAUCAAGAUCUCGCAGUAGAACCCCUCUUCGCUUGACUGAAAAAGGUAUUGGCAGAUCAUCAAUAUAUAUUGGUGGAGAUAGGAUAUUUUCAAACUUUGCUAUAGAAAAAAUAUAUCCCAUCUUAGUUUAAAAAGUCCUGUCUAGAGACUAUUGCUGUACUUUCAUUAACUGAUAGAAGUAGAGAGUUCUUCUCCAAGAAUAGCUGUACAUUGAAGUUACUGUGGUUUGGUUUGGUUUGGUUUGGUUCAGUUCAGUUCCUGUGCUCAAAUCUUUAGUUGGCUGUAGAAUCACUUGAUGUGUUUGGGAAGUCAUUGUCUCAAUUCUUUAGUGUACUGUCUUUGAAAAUCACCUCUACCCCCCAAGUAUAAAUUUAGCUUUUCUGCUCAGUCAUCACUAACUUCCCUUUAUCUUGCACUGUGGAACUUGUCUGAAUUUCUUUUUUGGUGCUUUCAGUUAGUUUUCUAUUGCAUUUUAAACCCAUGUCACCUAGAGGGCUGAGUACCUGCUGCUGUUUAUUUGUUUUAGAAAAAAGAGAGCUACUGGAAAUCGCAAAGGCCAAUGCAGCAAAAACUUUGGGGACAGACAAUGUGGUCCUGCCAGCCAGCUUGAAAAUUGGUACAAUAUCAAAAGAAAGUGAAAGCAGAAAGCCAAAUGAGGAAAGUGUAAAGACUAUGGUAAGUGAAAUGGUUAUUCAGAUGCUAAAACUAAAUGCUUUGAAAAACAUAAAAAAAAUAGAGCUAGCCUUGUUUCAUCAAUUGAAAAUAAAUAUUUGAAAAUAUUUUCAGAAUGUAGUUAAUAUUUUUCAAGUUUGGAAACCAAAUGGCAGAUGUCAAAUCUUAGCCUGUUGAGGUAAAGUUACCAAGUAAUCCUAAACACCUGAGUUCUUUGAAAAUGUUCUGAGAUUUCCUAAUGAUUAAAUAAUAAAAUAAAUUACGUAUUUUACUAGCUCUUCAAUUUACUAGUUGGGGUCCUUUUUCAUACGUUUUGCUGACCCAGAUAAGGCUAAUUUAUAUGGAUGUUAAAUUUCAAAUGGUGUUCUAAUACCUGUCACAUUGUGAUGCAACGAAAAGUUCCCAGAAAUUCUUUAUCUGGACACACAGCGCAUUUUACAUGCUUUAUUUCUGUCUUAUAGAAAUCAUGAAUAUGGUCUCCAGCACUGAUGAAGAAAAUCUGGUGGUAACUAAGUGAUUGUGGGCUGUAGCCAAGCUAACUUAGGGGAGGGAAAUAAAAACCAAGUUAGCAAAAGCUGCAUUAUAUAACACAUUUUCCAGAAGAUUAGAAAGCUUUUACACAAAUGAAAUCCUAUGGUACUCACUGUGAAAUAUCAGGGGCUUGUUCCAUUUCUAAGUUAAGCAGGAAUUUAGACAACUAUAAAAUGGUAUUGGUAGCUCUCCCAGAUGUGAAGGGGAAAAUCAGAAGAAUCGGACUUCACUGCAAACAAGAUCUUCUAAUCUUUAUGAAGCUGAUAUGUAGGAGUUAAUGAUGUAACAAUUAUUUUGAUUAAAAAUAUUACACUUCAUCAAUUCAUCUUCCAAAAUAUCUAGUGAACACAGCAUUAAGGAAUGAAUGAGGUUAUACACAAUAUUUUCUGAAAACAGCAAAGAUGAACUCCCCUCUUUAGUAGGCAUUCAUGCCUCACAAUGAAGGAAAGAGCAGGGAAUAGCCUGUUAGUUCCACACUUUUUGUUGCACUCUCUGUUGUUUCAUCAAGUAGUGCGAAGGGAACUUGUAGUGGUGAGCCUUCUCUUCAUGUGUUGGCUCCCCACACGUCCUGGAAAAUUGUAAUGGGGAGGGGGGCGCCUAGAUACGAGUCAACCAAAGGCGCAUACUUUGAGUCUGAUCCUAACCAUGUUUAUUUUAAAGCCUGAUAGCUUUAAUGUAGGUUAUUUUCAGACAUGCAAGUUUAGGAUUACAGCUGUAGUGUGUUAGAACAGAUUUCGUUCUUUACUAUGAGCUAUGUGAUUAGGUUUAAAAUAGACCUUCCCUUUGAACAACCCAGAAAAAAAUAACAGAAAAUGCCAAAAAAGGGAUCUGAGACUAGUAUUACAGUGCAGGACAGUGCCUUUCUUGUACCUCUGAGAUCAAUAAAUUGAAUGUAUAUAUAUAUAUACAGAGAGAGAGAGAGAAAGAGAGUAGUUUAUAGUUCUAUUCAGAAGCAAGUACACCGAGUUCAGUGGCACUUCCUUCAAAAUAAAAACAUGCUUCCAACCUUUCAUGUGAAAACUUAAAUAUAAAAAAAUAAGACAGAAUUGGUAUAGGGGUCUGGAAAAACAAAUCCUACAUCUACUAAUAUGGUGCUCAUUGCGAUAAUGGAUUUUUGUGGAGAUUUGAUUUCUCAUAUAUGAUCUAUUUUUAGAUAUUUUAAUAUGGAUUGUGUAAAACAUCACAAACCUUAAGAGUAGGGAUAGAGAAACUGUGACCCUCCAGAUACUGUUUAAUUCCCAAUUCUGUCUCAGCCAGUGAACAGGGAUUAUGCGGGUUAUAAUUUCACAUCUGGAGGGCCACUGGUUCCCUAUCCCAGUUACAGAUAAAUCAGCUUUAAAUCUGCUUAGAACAGGCAUAGGCAAACUCAGACCCUCCAAUUGUUUGGGACUACAAUUCCCAUCAUCCCCAACCACUGGUCCUGUUAGCUAGGGGUGAUGGGAAUUGUAGUUCCAAACAUCUGGAGGGCUGGAUUUAGCCUAUGCCUGGCUUAGAAGCAUAGGACAGGUAGCAAUGUGGAGAGUGCUCUAAUAGGAAUUGAACUUUUUAGUCCUUACCUAUGAGCGUUAAAGAUUCAAGUAUGGAAGUUUGCACAGGAAUUUAUCUUUAAGCAGCUCUGUAUGUCUUCAUACGUUGUUCUAAUUGGAUUAUAUCUUACAAUUUAUGUUAAUUUUAUUUUUCAGAAUGCAUUGUGGCAGGGUCACUGGCCCUAAAACCAGCAACUGUUCCUUUUAAAGAAGCCACACUGUCCUCGGGAAAAGACAAGAAAAAAGAGACCCCAUCUGGUCAAUGGAUUCCUGUUGGGAAUGAGGAAAAUGUUAUGUUCCAUAACAUUUCACCUAAAAGUACAUCCUCUAGAGCAUGCCAGUACCCAUGAUCUCUUUGAGCUGUUGAGGCAUUAUGGGGUUUGAAAUCCUCUCAAAAUUCAGGGUUUAAAUACAGAAUGCUUAAAACUGUAUUAAUUUGAGAUUUGGUUUAUUUUCCAGAUAUACUAUGGGAGUUAUAUAGAGGUCCAGAAAUUACAGGUUGGAAUCUUUACAUUUCUGUAAAUAACUUUUCAUGUGGCUGUAAUAGACUAAAUUACAGGUGGGUAACUUUUCUCCUUGUGAGUCAUGUAGCAACUUCUAGUGUUUUAUGUGAGUGUAGCUUAAUUACUGUACUACAUAUAAAAUUAUUUUUUCUACACUUUUAAUACUUUUCAAGUCAACACUUUAAAAAGUGUGAAUUAUGGCUCCUGGUGGUAAUUCAGUUGGCUUGUGUAGCUUCCCACAUUCCUGUUUAACCUGAACACCACCAUAUUUUGCAAGUGGCAGAAGGAUAAGCAAAUAAAAUUCUACUUGUGCUCUUGAAGUGGCAAAACUUUGAAUUUUCAGUUGCACAAGGUUAAAAUAUUUUUUGUCUGCUGUCUUGUUAUGGAACCAGCAUAAUUGCUCUCAUGUUGCACUUUUAGUUAGAAGUAAAACAUUUGCAAUGUCAGCUAUGACCUUCUGAGCUUGUGCAUGUUCUAAGUACAACUGCUAAGAGCCUAGUGCUAGAUAUAUAAAUUCUGGGUUUUUUGUAGUUUGCCCCAAAGGCUUAUAAUGUUGUAAUGCAAACUGAAGGUAGAAUUUAAGUAGACUGCCUUUCAAGCAGAAGGGUUUGGUUGGGGCAAAGUUUAUGUCAGAUGAAAGUAGGUAUUAGGUAAUCCCUAUAUUGUAUGGAUGUGUUGCUAUUGCUAAAUGUGAUUAGUUCGUAUGACAUUUAAGGAGAAAGCUAGAUUUUGUGACUUGACUUAAAAGCUAGAGAUAAGAUCACUUGCACAAGCAGCACCUUUCUUUUAAUAUGCAUAAAACUGGACUACGUGUAUAAAAUAAAAACUUUUAAAUAAACCUAUCCUGAAUAUUGUGUGACAUUUCUGAG